GAAAAAGCAACAGAACAGUCUGAUUAAUAAAUGGAAGGAAGCCUUUUUGUGUCCUGCUUUCUUCCCCACCUUCAAGCUCUGCAACCAGGCGCACGCGGGCUGUAAGACAAAUCUAUGUAGAGAGAUAGAGAUAGAGAGAAUCUUCAAAAACCCUAGAAUCCCCUACAUCCCUACCCUUCUUCUCCUUAACCAACCCCAAAAAAACCUACAAGGAAGGCCCACUUGAGCUAUCUCACCAGUGGAACUGCACAGACAGAGAGAAAGAGAGAAGGAGCGAGAGAGAGAGAGAGAGAGAGAGAGAGAGAGAGAGAGAGAUCUAACGGUAUCCAUUUUCCUUCUCUCUGACCCGCUUGCCAUUUCAUGCCAUCUCCGCGCUUCUCAUUCUGAAUGUUUCUGAGCAAAACUCUGAUUUUUAUUGUCAAAUUUAACAAGGAUCCUUAUCAGUAGUUCUAACCAUUCUGCAGCUCAUCUAAAAGACUAACCUUUUACUUUUAUCUUCUUGUUACUUUCUUCCUACCAAAAUCCGGCAAAAAAGUUAGCUCAAUCCAACUCCAAGCUUUUCAAACUUCAUCCUCUGCUUCGAUAACCAAUUUCUUAAUAAGCCUUCAUAAUACGCAUUAGAGAGAGAGAGAGAGAGAGAGAGAGAGAGAGAGAGAAGGGGAGGAGAGGCUUUUCAGCUAAAAUCCGAGCAUCUUCUUCUUCUAUUCCGCAUUAUUCUCCUAAAGCCAUUGCAGUUGAGGAUCAGUAGGCAUAUACCAGCGUGACCCCACGUUCUUCUUCGUUGUAGCUUCUUCUCGUUUUUCCUUGUGAAGCUUUACUGGGCGCCAAAACCCUCCCAAAACCCGGAGCUCCUCAGUUGUCUUUUCAUUAAGAAGGCUCCUUUCCUUCAACGUUCAAUACCUCAACAUAAAUCUACAUUUAAAAAGCUCCCCUUUUCAACAAACCCCAGAAAAUUCUCAGCCGCUUUGUGAUUUCCCCUUUGUCAAUGAGCUGGGCUUCCCUCAAUGUUUUGGGGAUGCUCGGUUUCGGAUUUAGCAGCCAAGUUUGCCUUCUUUCCACCACAUCCGCCUACUUAUGGCAUCAAGAAGGAUGAAGCUCGUGGAGGGAAGCUGUUAGUUACUGGCAUUCCUAGGGACCCCUCCAUGGACGUGCUAAUGGUCGAUAACAGAAGGGGAAACAAGAUUGUUGCAUUCUAUUUCCGAAAUCCAUAUGCAAGGCUCACAGUUCUCUACUCUCAUGGCAAUGCUACUGAUCUUGGACAGCUCUAUGAGCUCUUUGCUCAGCUCAAGGUUAAUCUCAGGGUUAAUUUGAUGGGAUAUGACUACUCAGGGUAUGGGGCUUCGUCUGGUAAGCCAAGUGAAUCAAACACUUAUGCAGACAUAGAAGCGAUUUAUGAGUGCCUUCAAACUGAAUAUGGAGUGAGUCAGGAAGAUCUAGUAUUGUAUGGCCAAUCCCUCGGUAGCGGACCGACAUUACACUUGGCUGCACGCUUGCCAAGAUUGAGAGGUGUUGUGCUUCAUAGUGCAAUACUAUCCGGCCUUCGGGUUUUAUGUCAUGUAAAUUUCUCGUUCUGCAUGGAUAUUUAUAAAAAUGUUAACAAGAUUAAAAAGGUGAAAUGCCCAGUGCUUGUAAUCCAUGGAACUGAUGAUGAAGUUGUGAACUGGCUCCAUGGAAAUAAACUGUGGAAGCUGGCCCGAGAGCCCUACGAGCCCUUGUGGAUCAAAGGCGGCACACAUUGCAACCUCGAGCUCUACCCCGAUUAUAUCGUCCACCUCUCCCACUUCAUCAAGGAGAUGGAAAAUGCUACUACAGUGCAAAGGCUAAAGAAGCUGCGUCAAAGUCUUCAAAAGCCAAGAGCAGACAUCAAAAGUACUACUACUUUUACAGCAAAUUGUUGCUGCAGGAUUAAAAUCCAGAAGCCAGACUGCUCAAACUGCUGCUGCUGCAGUUGGAAAGGAUUAAUUUCUUUGGGUUGCUGGAAAGGAUCUUCAUGUUUCUGCAAUUGUUGUGGUGGGAUAAAUGGAAAGUUGUGAUUAUUAGAAGGUGUUUUAUCUGUGCAGGAUCUUAUGACCCAAUCGACCACUUUAUAAUGCAGUGAGGAGGAUGAAGCAAUGCUCUCUGUUACACUAAAAGUGAAGAGUUUGAUAACAUGUGUACUUCUUGUUGCUGUUCUUUAUUUUUUUUCCCAUUCAGAUGUUUCUUCUUUGAAUGCUUUCUUAAAAUGUUAGCUUAUUAUGUGAUCAUCCAGUGGUGUCUGCUUGAAUGCUAGUACCAAUGACAUAUUACUAAUGCAAUUAGUUCAAAG